AUGAAAGGAUCAGAAAAGAAAGGCACAAAGAGCAACGAUGGUCACAAGGAUGACAAGAAAAGAAAGGCAGACAAGAUCAAGGCUGAUGUUCUGAAGGUUGCGGAAGAAGCGAACCGCCAGAAAGCGAAGACUGCCAAAGGUUCCAAGAAGGUGUCUGAUGGCAAUACCAAGACAGAGGACAAGAAGAAGGCAAAGGAAAAGGCCAUGGCAGAAGAGCAGCAGACCAAACACAAGGAUCCCCAGGAGCCACAGGAGACAAAGGAGAAGAAGCCCAAGAAGGAAGAAGCGAAGAAGGAGGUCUCCAAGAGCACCAAGGAGGAGAAGAUGGCCCACAAGAAGAAGGACUCUGAUAAGAAGACCAAGACAAAGCAGGAUGAGACUGCGAAGACCAAAGAGGGAAAGAAGGAGAAGAAGACUGAGGAGAAGAACAAGGAUGGCAGCAAGAAACAAAAGAAGGAUGAUGGGGAGCAGAAGGAAAGGUUGAAAAGGUUACAGGAAGCUGCCUUGCGAUGCAGCGUGCCUGCCCCAUCAACACCGCCCAGGAAGCGGCGCCGAAUGAAGUCGCCAGCAAGCAGCCUGGGCACUGUUCAGACUGAUGCAAGUUCUGAGCAUUACGCAGAGAAGCAGGCCAAGGCUAUGGAAGCCCUUGGUGACAAGUUGGAAGAUGCUGCUCUACUUGCUAGUGUCAGGGCUGAGUUGGAUGCAACUGACAUGCUGGGCCUCCUUGAUGACCUCAAAGACCAUGCAAAACUCGGCGAGGUUGGGGAGGCUGAGAACAAGCUUUGCAAGAGGGCAGCAAAGCAGCUUGAGCAGGAAAGUGAGGAGGAGGGUGAGGGUGAAGAAAAAGAGAAGGACGCCUCUGAUGAAGAGAGCCAGGAUGGUAGCGAAGCUUCAGAUGAAGACGAAGAAGUCGAAGCAGAAGCUGAUGAGCAAGAUGACACAAGUGAAGAGGAGGAGGAGGAAGAGGAGGAGGAGGGAGAAGGACAGAAGGAUGCCGACGAGGCAAAAGAAGAUGAAGAUGAAGAUGAAGAAGAUGGUAGCGACAAGGAUGAAAACGCAGAAGACUCGGAGGAGGAUGAGGCCAGCGAUGCUGAAACGGAAGGUACAGCGUCAGAAGACGAAGAUGACCAGGAGGAUGGGGAACAGGAGGAGGAGGAUGAAGAGAAAAGGAAGAAGGGAGAGUUGGCUGAGUCUAUAGCGGCAACAGCGGACAAGAGUACAACGCACAAGAAGGAAUGGGACCGCUUUGAUCGACAAACCAAGGGAGGUGCGUUCCCUACUGCGCUCAUGCCUUUCCUGCGAAAGAAGAAGGCUGACCUUUUUGGCCUUUGGUUGGACCAUGAAGGUGAUUGGGACAAAGUUGUGGUCGAAGUGGAUCGUUUGCAAUCCACUACCAAUUUGAACCGGAAGCAGUGGACGGCCAUCCAGGCCAAAGACCUACAAAAGUCCAUGCCUGAGGACCGCUUCAAGGAACUCAUCAAGAAGCGACAGGAGCAGGGGCUGUAUUACGCUGAUGAGGAUUGGCCGGAAGAUCCCCAGGAGACAUGGUACUAUAUGCCAACUGGCAGAGUCAUCCGCCAAGAGGACUCCACUUCUGAGACCCUCAAAAUGUCUGCCACGCGGAAGGUGGGUACUGAAGUCCAGGCGGCCCUUACCGGAGAGGACGGUCCUCUUCAAAGCGGCGCCUUGCCCGCCAUCCGCGCAGCUUCAGAGCAAGGCGCGAAGCAUCUUUAUUCAGCCUUAGAUGACGAGGGAAAGAGCAUUGUGAAGCCAAAGAAGCCAAAGAAAGAGAAGGAGGAGGGAGAAGAAGUUAAGCCAAAGACUCCCUUAGAGUUGGGCCGAGAUCUAGUUCCAGCAGUCCUCGAUGAGGCAACAAAGGCACGGACGAAAGGUAUCCAGCUCAAGGGUAUGGAGUUUGCUGACCAGCUAUCAAAACAGCUUCUGGAUCAUGGGUCUGCCAUGGAGGGGUGUUUCUCUGAUUUGAAGAGUGCUGUUGAAGCUACAUCGCCCAAUCUCGACAAGAUCAAAGCGCUGAUUUCGAAAGUGCAGAUUAAGAGGGACUGGUUCAAGAAAGCUGAGGUAGAUACCGAUGAAGAUCCUCGGGAGUGCGUGGCCAAUGUACUUCUGCCACACGAAGUGUUUGGGGCUUUGUACGCAAGGGAUCCGGAUCAGGUUCGUGAGGGCGUCAACAAAACGAUCGCUGAAGUGACAGCAUGGUCUCUCCACUAUGCAGCAUUGGGCCGGUACCCAGACCGAGGGUUCUAUGGAGAAACAUUUGAGAAGAAUAGCUACAGGGAAUCUCUAUGUGGGAACCGCAUAGCAGGCAAUUUCAAGCUCACCUAUUUCGCAUUCAAAGCAGAUCUCAAAGCUAGACACCAGUGUCAUUUGCUUUCAGACUACUACCUCUGCAAAAAGAUGUGUGACCGGUGCAAAGCAAUUCAGCCUAUGACUUCGGCUCCUCACCCUAUGACCUACAAAAACAUGGCUGACAACGCGCCAUACGUGACAACCUGCAAGGAUCACGGCGAGUACCUGAGGACUGCUCGUCGAAUUACACCGUGGAUUGCUGUGGAGGGGUUUCAGUUCGAGACCAUUUCAUUUGAUGUGAUGCACCUUAUCUUUUUGGGUGUUGCAAGAAACCAUGUCCCCUCGGUCCUCAAAUUGUUGAAAACUUUUGGCUACCACUAUUCCCCAGCAGAGAGCGACGAGAAGUUCCUACAGCGGGUGAGCUUGGAGAUGAAGCAGGAUUGUAAGGAUCACGGGUUUCCUGUUCAAAUUCUAUCGCCUAGUUUUUUGUGUGUUUGGAACCUUUGCGCACUAGUUUUGUUUUUGGCACGGUCGCCAACCUGA